AUGAUGACAAAUCGUGAAGAAGAAAGAGAUUUUAGUGAUAAAAACCUAUCAUUAAAUUCUAAUUUAAAUCCUGUAAAUAUUGAAAGUAAAGAAGGAGAAAAGAAAUAUCGUCUCGAAGAUAUAAGAUCUAUUAAAAUAUAUCCUAAAAAUGAUGAUGAGUAUAGUAGUAAUGAUGAGAAUGAUAUAUCUGAUAUAGUAUAUCUACCUGAAAUUUCAAGUAUUAAAAGAAAAGAAGAUAAAUUUUAUCAACAAUUUUUACCGAUUGGUAACGGAAUUUACAAUGGUACAAUUAAUAAAGAAUUCUUACGUGAAGGACAAGGAACAUAUAGUAUUAAUAAUGGAGAAGAAUAUUAUUCUGGUUCAUGGAAAGAUGAUAAACCUGAUGGAUAUGGUUUUAAUUUAAAAAAUCAUGGUACAAUUAUUUAUUAUGGUGAAUUUCAAAAGGGAAUACUUAAAGAAGGUUAUGGAAAAGAACAAUUACCCAAUGGAUAUGAAUAUGAAGGUAAGAUUAAAGAUGAAAAAUUCCAUGGUCUUGGAAGUUUAUCAAUUAAAGUAAGUGGUCUGACAGAAAUAAAUCAAUCGGGUAUAGAAAAAGAUAUUCUUAAACUUGUAGCUGAAUGGAAAGAAGGAAACAUAGAAUUUAUUUAUAUAAAUGAUAUUGAACAAUAUUAUAUAAAUCAAUAUGAAAGUUUUUGUAAUAGUUUAGAAUCUAUACUUUUAUUAAAUAAUAAUGAAUAUCAACAAAAACAAAGAGAAUAUCUUCUAAAUUUUAUUGAUUUAUUUGAAAAACGUCUUUCAAAUCUUAAUUUAUUAAAUGAAAUAGUUACUAAUCCUCAUCUACCUAGAGUAUUAAAAUCAUCAGCUGAUCUUUUAUUUAAAUUAGAUCAUAGUUAUACAAAUUUAAAUAAAUAUACGAAAACAGAUACAAAAAAAAAUUAUAAUGAUUAUAUUAAUAAUAUAUGUCAAAGAGGUUUAAAAAACUAUGCUCGAAGAUUAUCAUGGUCUGAAGAUGAAAACAAUAUUUAUUGUAUUUCAUCAAAAAUUAUCUUUGAUAAUAGUUUAGAUAAUUUUCUAAUUAAAUCUCAAUUAUCUGAUUUAAAAGAAAUACUUCAUUUUAAUCCAUAUAUUAUUGAUUUAAUUAAAAAAUUAAUACGUUUUGCUAAUGAAAGAUUAAUUCGAAUUUCUUCUGAAUAUCGAACACAAUUUAUUGAAAUUCAUACAAAAUUUUUACAAUAUAUAUGGAAAAAUUAUUUUCAAAAUUUAGAUUAUAAUUCAAUUCCUCAUAGAUUCGAUUAUGAAAAUAAUGAAAAAUAUUAUUUUUAUUCAAAUUGUUAUUCAAAUUUAUUAGAACUUUCAUUAUUAUAUGAAUUUGAAAUUGAAAUUGAAAUUGAAUCAAAAAAAUUAGAAGAAAAUUCUACGAAUAGUUCUAUUAUAGUAAAACUUAAUGGAGAAAAUGUUUUUCAUAAAUCAUUAAAUGAUAAUCAAUCAAAUAUAAAUGUUAUUGUCUUUGAUCAGAAAAUUGCUAUAAAAAAAUUAGAACGAGUUUUCAAUACAGAAAAAACUGAUCUUAUUCAAUUUAUUCUAGAAGAUGUUGAUCCUAAUGCUAUUGUGGUUUUUAUUUUAUCAUAUCAUUCAAUGAAGAAUUUAAGUUCUGAUAUUAAGAACUUUUUCAAGAAGUUAGGUAGUAUUAGAAUCAAUAGAUUAAAAGAAAAUAUGACUUGGGUCUUUAUGAAAAAGAUAAAUGAUUCGCAAAUAUAUGAAGAUAUUAGUUUCAAUGAUGAACAAAGAAUAUUAAUAAAAGAAAAUUUUCAAUUUAAAUUAAAUGAAAAUAUUUUAGUAGAUGAGAAAAUUAAUAAAAAUCAUAUUGAAUCAAUUAUCUAUAAAGUAAUGAAAUUUUCUUUAAAUAAUUUUAAACCAUGGUUGAAUAUUGAAGUUAAGAAAUGGUCUGAAUAUUUAAAUCAACCUAUUCAUCAAAAUAUUUCUAUUAAAGAGAUAGGAGAUAAAAUUUUACUUAAAGUUUUGCAAGAUUCUAAAAAUCAUAUUUUGAACUCUUUGAAAGCAAAAAAUCCAUUUCAUCAUAUUAUAAAUAUGAACGAUAAAUAUUUAAAACAAUUUUCUGAGCAUUUAGAAUCAUUGAUAGUUUAUUAUCAGGAUAGUUUAUUGAAAGAUAAGAAUUUCAAUUAUCAAAGUAAAAUGAAAGAGAUUAAGAAAAUAGUUGAUUAUUUUUUACAAAUUUCAAUAAAUAAAAAUUCUAAAAUUCGAGAUAUAACUGAAUUACAGUUAGAAUCAAUUAGAGAAUUUAUUGAAGGAAAACAAAGUAUUACAGAAGUUAUUGAUCAUUUUCUUAAUUUUAAUGUAGAAUUUUUCAAAUUAUUUCAAAUUUUUCAAGAAAAAUUUUCGUCCGAAUUACAUUCCGAAUUUCAUAAAAAUGCUUCAAAAAUCAUAUCUUUAAUAAUAGAUAUUUUUAAAUUGAUUCUUCAACCAGAAAAAGAAGAUACGAGAAAUUACUCCGACGUAUUAAAGAAAUAUAAAGUUUCUAAUUUAGGAGCUGCUUUGCGAAAAUCAGUUUUUGAAGAAGAAAUGACUGAUAUUAAAAUUUUAUUAGAAGCAAGUGCAGACAUCAAUGAGCAAGAUGAUGAAUCUAAAAAAACCGCUUUACAUUGCGCAGUUGAAAGAGAGAACAAAUAUAUUAUUUCAUAUCUUCUAGAAAAAGGUGCGAAUAUAGAAAUAAAAGAUAAAAACAAGCUAAGUCCAGUUGAUUAUGCUCAUAAAUAUGGAAUCGAUCUCAAUUCUUUAUUAUAUAAUAUUCAAAAUAAUAAAAAAGAUAAUCUAAAUAAAUUUGAAAAUAAGUUAUUUGCUAUGCAAAAAAUAAAUAAUUUUCUAACUAAUUUAGGAUCAUUAGAUAUGAAUUGGUUUGUAGAACGACAACAGAUUAAUAAUUUUGAUCCCAUUUUAUUUAAAAAAGUCGGAGAAAAUGAUAUUUAUAAAGUUUUACAAAUCAAUAAAGCAAAAAAAAACGUAAAUAAUCCAUGUUCUCAUUAUGUGUUAGAGACAAUCAUAGAAUUAUUAGAAAUUAUUAAAAAUGUAAAGAUAAUUAAUCAAGCAAGUUUCAUAGAAAUGAUUAAAUUGAGAGCGGAAUUAAUAAUGGCUAUAGGAAAAUCAUUUAAAUAUUUUAAUGACCAAAUAAAAUAUAAUAGUUUAUCAAAAUUUAAAGAAGAUUGUGUUAUACCAUUUAAAUAUGUAACAAUCGAUAAUGAAUCUUAUGAAAUAUUUUAUGAUAAAUUAGAAAAAAUUGAUUUAUAUUUUUUAUACAAUAGAAAACUAAAAGAAAUAACACUUGAUCAAGCUUUAAAAUUAUUUCAAGAAAAAAAUGAUACUUUGUCAGGAAUUGAUAAGAUUAAAAAUGCAUUUUUAGAAUAUGAACAAUUAUUUAGAAAGUAUUUCGAUGAUAUUAUUAAUAAAAAAACUUCGAUUAAACAUAUAAUUGAAAAGACUAAAAAAAUUGCUAAUAAAUCGAAUUUUAAAAAAGAAACUAUUCCAACUAUCAUUGCUGGAUUAUCAAUUGUAUUUUCUUUAAUGGUCUCUGAUUUUAUCGAAAAACAUCAUGGAGAAUAUGUAUUAAAAGACAAAUAUAAUAGAAAUUAUUUAUUACAGCCUCAUUGUAUUCAAAUUCUUGGAAUAUUAAUGCUAUUAGAUAUUGAUGGAAAUACGAAUUCAUUACCUCCUAAUCAUCUUGCUGAAAUUUUAACUGGACAAGAAAAAUCUUGGACAUUAGCUCUUUUAGGAGGAUAUUUUAGUUUAAUUGGAUAUCAAGUUACAGUUAGUUGUUAUAGUAAUUAUUUAUCUCGAAGAGAUGAAAAUGAUUUUAAAAAAAAUUUAGAACCUUUUAAUUUUACAAAUUAUGUUAAAUAUAGAACAUUUGAAACAAUGUGUGAUGAGAAAUUAUCUAAUAAGAAUAGUAAUAAAACUUUAAGGAAUAUAGUUUCAGACAUUAUAUCAGGAGAAAAAUUAUCUCCUAUAAAUAUUAAAAAAAAUCAAGAAGAAAAAUCAAUUCUAUUAAUUGAUGAAGUUGAUGUAUUUUUUUCACAUCAAUUUGGUAAAAUGUAUAAUCCAGUAGUUACAAUUAAGAAUAAACAUAUUGCUCAAAUUCAAAAAGAUAUUUGGGAAUACAUAAUGACUAAUAAAUCUGAUGAAAGUCAAUUGAAAACUCUCUUUGAGACAAAAUUAUUUAGUUUAAUUGAUAAAGAUAAACUACUAUCAUAUUUAGCACAUUCAAAUAUAUUAAAAAAUCAUUUAGAAGAGAUGAUCAAUACUGCUCUAAAUAUUCAUAAUAAUAUAAAUAAGUUUAAAGAUAAAUUUAAAAUCAUAGAUAAUGUUAUAAGUACUAAAAAUUUAGAUGGAAAAUAUUCAAAUAUUAUUUAUCAAUAUGAAAAUAGUUUUUAUUAUUUAAAAUUAAUGUAUGAAAAACAAGAAAGUUUUAAAGAAGUUAUUUUAAAUGAAAAUAAUUUUGGAUAUAUUGUGAUUAAUUGUGGAAAUAUUUCUUAUUCUGAAUUACCAAAUUCUUUUAAUGGAAUAUUUGGUGUUAGUGAAAGUUUAAAAGAUUUAUCUGAUGCAGAAGAAUCUUUAUUAAAACAUUAUAAUAUUCAUAAAAGAUCUUAUUGUCCAUCAUUUUUUGGUAAAUCAAAAUCAAAAUUAAAUUUUAAUAAAAAUAAUGAUUUUAUUAUAAAAAAUUGUAAAAAAGAUUGGUUUGAUAAUAUUGUUACUAAUACUCGAAAAAAAAUUGCUGAACAUCGAUCUAUUUUAAUAUUUUUUAAAAAUGAAAAGAUUCUUGAUGAAUUUUAUAAUUCUUAUUCAGAAGAUUUAGGUGUUAUACCAUUUUUUAUUACUCAAAAUAGAAUUUUUGAUAGUAAAGAAGAAAAAGAUUAUAGUGAUAAUAAUGUUAAUAAAUUAAUUACAGAUGAAUAUGCUGGACAUCAUGGAAAAGUUACUUUAUUAACUAAAGAAUUUGAACGUGGUGUUGAUUUUCAAUCAGAAACAAAAGUUAAUGAAAAAGGUGGUAUUCAUGUUAUUCAAACAUUUUUUUCUGAAAAUAUUAAAGAAGAAAUUCAAAUUAAAGGACGAACAGCAAGAAAAGGUGAAUUAGGUAGUUAUGAAUUAAUUUUAUGUCUAGAACAUCUUCAAGAAUCUGAAUUUGAAGGAGGAAAAACUCCAAAAUAUAAGGCUAUAACAAAUGAUACAACUUAUGAUGAAUUAGAUAGUCAAAGAAAAGAAAAAACUAAUUCUUUUUGUCAAGAUAAAUUAAAACAAAUUGAAAAAAAUCAAGAAAUUCAUAAUCGUACAUUAGCAUUUUUUCAAAAGGCAAUAAGUGAAUGUAAUGAUGAAAAUCGAGAGAUUUUUAUUCAAGAAAUUAUACAAUUAAGAUCAUAA